AUGGAUUUACCUGGACCAAUACAUGAUUUUCUUUUAGUUUUUUUAGGAUCAGGUCUUAUAUUAGGGAGUAUAGGAGUAGUAUUAUUUCCCAAUCCAAUUUAUUCGGCCUUUUCGUUGGGAUUGGUUCUUGUUUGUAUAUCCUUAUUCUAUAUUCUAUCUAACUCCUAUUUUGUAGCUGCUGCACAACUACUCAUUUAUGUAGGAGCUAUAAAUGUUUUAAUUCUUUUUGCUGUGAUGUUCUUGAAUGGUUCAGAAUAUUCAAAUGAUUUUCCUCUUUGGACCCUUGGAGAUGGUAUUACUUCACAAGUUUGUAUAAGUCUUUUUAUUUCACUAAUUUCGACUAUUCUAGAUACGUCAUGGUACGGUAUUAUUUGGACUACACGAUCAAACCAGAUUAUCGAGCAAGAUUUGAUAAGCAAUAGUCAACAAAUUGGAAUUCAUUUAUCAACAGAUUUUUUUCUUCCAUUUGAACUCAUUUCAAUAAUUCUUUUAGUUGCUCUAAUAGGUGCAAUUGUUAUAGCUCGUCAAUAA